AGUACCCCGUGCCGGCCGCGCGUAUAUCCGAGAUUCUUUGGCGGCAAAGAGGGCCAUCAUCAACAAUUUCCUUCCCUAUUGUAAUCACCUUUUCUGCCUUUUAGAUAUUUUUCAUCUGAUUCGUUGUUGUAAGGGUUUUUAUUACACUGAUCUCCAAUUAUAUUUUAGGCAGUACAUUGGGACGGAGGCCGGACGGGUCUUCCGCUGAAGCAGCAUUCUCGUAUUCUAAAAAGAGCUCGUCUGCAAUCAAUCAUCAUCAUCUAAAUCUAUUGUAACUUUAAGCGUUAUAGAAGACACAUAUGACGGAGGUUGAAAUCCCAGAAGUAGCUGUUAGUUUCCAAGACAAGUGCAACUAUCACUUAUGUGAGGGAAGUUCCAUUAUUAUGGGAGAAGAAGGUCAGGGAAGUUCCAUUAUUAUUGGAGGUGAAGAAGAAGAGCAUUCUCAUAGAAAAUGUUCUGUUGACAAUUGUGAGCUGGACCAUGACAUCAUAUUCUGUCUACUAAACUUUGAGACAGACAAGGAAAGAAUGAUUCAUGAUGCCAACAUCUCUGGCUCACAUGACAUUGUUAUCGGCAACCUUCAUUCUAAUCAGCGCUUUGUCGAUGAAAACAAGAGCGUCGACACUAAGAUAAAUGAUUCCGGUGACGUUCAAACCGUGAUACACGAUCACGGUUUAGUGGGUCAAACCGAGACACUGCAAAAGGAGGAAACAGAAACAAGUGAGGUGCAAAAGAGUAGCCUGGGAGCACUAUUUGGUAUGCAUAGUGCAGAAGAUGAACCAUUUCCAUCCGCAGAUAGUCCGCUCCAUGGACCACUCACGGUCUCAUCGAACCACGACUGCUCUUCUUUUCGCUCAAGCGCUGCAAGCGCCCAAUCCUUCGUCUUUCCUAUGCAAGUAUUCCAUCUGUCGUCAAUUCCUCAUUCAGCCGUGCUACUUCAUACUUGUACACGAAAUUUGUACACAUUUUGUGUAAACACGCCUAAUUGCCCAUGUAUAAAGGCAACUUGAAUUGAAAGUAUAUAAAAUGUGUACAAUUUUCUUGGACAAGUAGUUUUUUCUUCCUCAUUACUUGACGUACUUUAAUUUUUUGAUCUGUUCUUCUCUGUUUUGUGUCUAAAAGUUUUAUUUCUUCUUCUUCCAUUUGCUCUUUUUGCCAUGGUGAACAGAUUAACGUCCGAUUUCUAUGAAAGUCCGGUGAAAAUGGCACAAAGUGAGAGUAGGUUGAGGUUCAUAAAGAAGAGCAGGCAAUGGAAGAAAUAUUGGUUUGGCUGCUGGAUAUUUUAAUUCUACAAAGGAAGUUUUACGUGAUGUUACAUGCUACGUUGCACGGAUAUGGAUACGCCAAUACGUGGAUACGCGAAUACGGGUAUCACGACACGGCAAUUUAAAAAAUUAUAGGAUACGGGUACGGGGUAUAUUUAUAAAUAAUAAAAAUAUAGGAUAUAAUUUGCAAAUAUAUAUAUAUAUAUAAUUCAGGGGUUCAUAAAUAAAAUAAUAAUAGUACAAAAAAUUAACCAUUAUAUUAAAAUUUCAAAGAUUAGGCUAAAAAACAAAAGUGCUGAUAUUUUGAUUUAAAUUCAAAUAACAUUUUUUUGUUCUCUAUUUGCAUUUACAUUUAAGCCUUGUUUCAAUUAAAGUUCAUCAAGCGGUGAAAUGACAAAUUAUAGUAUUCCAUUAUUUUCCAUACUCCCGAAACCAUCUUUAUCAAUGUUCCACAUCUAAAUUUUUGUCAUGGCAUGUAUCAAAUGAAGGGUUAUAGGGUGAGAUACAUGUAUCGGUUCACGGAUACGGGUAUCGGAAGUAUCGUUAUUUUUAAAAUUAAGCCGGAUACUUUUAUAAAAUUACGGAUACGGACCCAAUACGUACAUGACGUGUAUCGGUGAGUAUCGGAUACGGAUACGUAUCGGAUACGCGGAUACGGCAUCGGGGUGAAGUAUCGGUGCCACAUAGGUUAUGUACAAAAUUCAGAGGUUAAAUCAUUGUAACAAUAGCAUAUCUAAAUGAAGAACGAGCUGAACAUCAUAUACCACAAGUUUUGCCGAAAUAAUCCAACACAAAUCGUUGGUUAUUAGAUGCCGCAUUGCAAAUGCACAAUUAAGCAGCACAAAAUCACAAACUGAAUGUGAAUCACUAGAUACCUUUGAUACCUUUUGCUAGCACGUAAAUCGGCUAUUUUGGCUGAUUCUGCUUAAAUAUAUGAAGUUCUGGCUGAAGUGGCUGCAUUGACUGAUUCUGUUGAUUUAAGAAAAAAUUAUUUUUAAAAUAUAUUUUAUUAAUAAAAUGAAGAAAAAAUUAUACUCUGUAGGUAAAAAUAGCUAAAAUUACCAUCUACAGUAACUUCAGCCAAUACAGACAGAAAAGUAACUAUGACCUUACUUUUUCUGCUUAUUACACAAUUCAGCGCAUGAAAGCAAAAGUUAUGUGUUUGAUGAAAAAGUUGGCUGAUAAACCGAAAAACAGUGUUGUCAAACGGCCUGUUAACAUCCAACAACCCCAACCAUUGUAAGUUGAUUAACUUAUGGGUUACAUAUAGUAAAAAAUCAUACUAAUUCUCACACACGGUGGCGUUAUCUCAAUUAUGAAGAACGAAUCUGUGCUUUUGUGUAACUUAAAAAUACAUGUGUAAAAUUUAAAAAUGCAUCUAUAUAUAUAAAUAAAUUCUACGGAUUAUAAUUUUAAGAUUGUGAUACAAAGUGUUAAGCAUGCGUGAAUGCACAUUUAGGAUGUUUUUACUUAGACAGUUAGACUGUAAGUCUGUAAUUUACUGAUCUGGUCUGAUUUUGUCUAUUUAAGUCGGUCGGGUCUGGUCUGAUUUGUUUAAGUCUUGUUUGGUUUGGAACUUAUUAUACACACACGAGACACCCAAGAAUUAAACGUUGCGAUGCACAUUAAACUUUCAAAUGUUUACAGCUUUGUCACCACUUUUUUUCAAUGUUGAGUUGAUCUAACGCAUUCAUAUUUUGAACACUGCGUUUGUUCUAGAAAGACCCCUUUUCAUUUGAAGCAAAUAUGUAUGACA